CGAUCGCGAACUUAUGCGCAUUGCUUUUGUCUGUCUAUAUACUACGUAGUCCGCUGCACAAGUAAGACAAAGACGACACAACGGUUGUGUAACGGUCAUAUACUUACCUCCAUACCGACCUACAUACUUUGCGCCUGCAGAUAUCAGUCGCAUUCUCGUCACCGCUGUGCCUCAAAAACAUCAUCUUCUACUUUAUAAGCCUCAAAUUCACUUGGCUUCGUAGGCAUUCGGUAACAUCAGCGACGAGAUGGCUGAGAAAGUAGACGCCCAUAGACGGGGCCACCUCAUACACAGUCAUGCGCACGAGGAAACUAUCCCCGGGACCGUGAAUCUCAAGGCUGCCGAGGGUGACGACACUGGAUAUGGUCUCGCACUUUUCCCCGUCCCAGCCGAUGACCCAAACGAUCCUUUACAAUGGUCGAACUUCAAGAAGACGAUGAUUCUCAUCAUAUGCUCGUUCUACUCCUUCCUGGCCAACGCCGCCCUCAUAGGGCCGUCGCCUUACAUAGACCUCUGGGCUACGGAAUUCGAAAUCUCGCCCACGAAGGCGUCGGAACUCAUCUCUUAUCCGAACUUGGCUUUUGGGUUUGGCUCCUUGGUGUUCGUGCCGCUUUACUUGAAAUUUGGACGUCGGCCGGUCAUGCUUUUCUCGCUCCUCAGUUUUGCCGUUGGCCUGAUAGCCUCAUCCCGGUGCACAAGCUUUACUGGGCUUAUGGCGGCUCGCGUGGUCCAUGGCUUCGGUUCAUCGGUAUGCGAGGCUAUUCCGGUGCAAUUAGUUAACGACAUCUUCUUUUUGCACGAGCGUGGCAAGCGAAUUGGCUAUUACACCGUCUGUCUAUGCCUUGGUACUUUUGCGCAACUCCCGGCUGGGUACAUGCUUUCGGGCGGGUAUGGAUGGCGGCUCUUCUUCUACGUCGAGUUCGCGUUUGCCGUCGCGCUGCUCCUCCUAGCGUUUUUCUUCGUCGAGGAGACGUCCUAUGACCGGCAAGCAUUUGCAGCCGCCGCCGCCUCAGCAUCGCCACCGAGUGAGUCGGAGAAGUAUGAAGCGCAGGAGGUGGAAGAUGGAGUCCAGCAGACGGACCUCGCCGUUCCGCCGCGGAAGAACUUCACCCAGACAUUGAGUCUCUCGGGCAGAGUCGACCCCAACGUUCCCUUCUUCGCCACGAUUCUAAGAUCGUUUACGUAUUUCCUGGUGCCGCAGUCUGUCUGGGUCAUCACUACGUUUGGAAUCAAUAUUGGCCUAUCCGCGCUAGCAUUCUCGUACACGUUCCCUAUUAUCAUCACGGCACCCCCCUACAACUGGGCAGUGACCAACUCGGGGCUUUUUGCCCUCGCCGCCCUAGUAGGCUACUCAUUGGCUGUUCCUUUUACGUCAUCGUCGGACAGGCUCGCGGCCUACCUGACGAAACGCAACGAUGGAAUCCGCGAGGCCGAGAUGCGCCUAGGCGUUAUGCUCGGCCCCAUGCUCAUUGGGCCGGCGGGCACCGUGCUCUACGGGCUGAGCGCGGAGCUCAAGCUGCACUGGAUAUGCUUCUUCAUAGGCGGCGCCAUGAACUACUGGGCCGCGUACUUCUACUUCUCCUUCACGCUGGCCUAUGCCGUCGACUCCUACUUUGCCAACACAUCGGAGAUGCUGAUUGCCAUGAAUCUGGGCAAGCAGGCCAUCAGCUUUGGCUUUGGGCUGAAGGUGCUGACUUGGGUCAUGGAGAGCGGCUACGGCCCUAUCAUGUCAGGCGUGUUCGGGGGCGUUUUGCUAGCAAACAAUCUUGUCCUGCUGGUCUUUAUGUUCUGGGGAAAGCAGAUUAGGAGAUUCAUGUCCGAGACAUGGCUGGCGAGGUUGCAUUCGAAGAGUAUUCGGGAGGUUACAACACAUUAGUUAGGGAUGUUGCAAUACUAUACUGUAUCUGAAUGGGGAAAUAAGUGAGAUUGACAAGUCGAGACUGGUCUAUGAGGAUGCUGAUCCCUGAAUACGAGAAAGUGAUGGGGU